AAUGAAGAUGUGAGAGUCAGCUCUGUGCUACAGGCAACAUCCGAGAUUUCUCCCGAAAACGAAGCCCCAAAAGUCGAAACUGAUGCACUCGAAAAGAAGAUCGAUAAAUCUACCAGACAUGAAAAGGAAGACGUUAGCGUCCAAAUAAUUCCACCGAAAUCGCCAAUAUCUGUUGAAUGCAAUGCGUCUUCUACUGAGUACACAAAGGAGACUUCAGGACCAUUAAAGAAGCCAGGGAAACGCAGAACGACACAACCGAAAUUGAUUCCGGAUGUUGAAUCGGAUUUUUCCGAUGAAUCGGCUUUUGUGGAGCAAGAGUCCGCGAGUAAACAGUCGUCGCCGGCUUCAGUACAUUUACGAAAGACAAUAAGAAAAAAACGAAGACGAGCAGGGCUAAUCAAGCUAAAACGAUGCAGAAAAUUAAAGAAUUCUUUUUCGGAUGUCGCCCAAAGUGAAACAAAGGAUUCGGCAAAAAAACCACUGAUUACGCUUUCAUCGGAAACACUGUCGCAUACUAAUUCAGGCACAGAAUCGAAACUGCUUUCCGCUACGAGCGAGACAAAGGAUGCAGCGCUUCUAGUAUCAUAUACAAGUGGACAUGAUAAUGAAGGAGAUGAGGAAUUUGACGAGUCCACGAUGGAGGUGGUGGAUUCAGGUAUUCUGGAAACAUUCAGCAGUUUGGAUGGUCAUGGCCGAAGAAAUGAUGCAAAAGAAGUGAAUGAAAUCUUCAAAGAUAUCAUGCAGGAUGCGGACUUCGAUGUUAGCAGCCUUUACUUUUCUAGUAACUUAUCCAUUUUCGUGAAUAUUUAG